UCUAGAGCCAUGACCUUUUUUAUCCAUAUAAACAAUGAGACAAUAUCACGAACUUCAGUUCUUAAGAAACCAUCAGAAUGGGCAGGCUCAGCCAGGAUCAGAUCCAGUUCUUCAAGGACAAUGGUUAUAUUAUAUUGAAAAAGCUCGUUCAAGGCAGAGAAUUACAGAGGAUAACUCAAGAAUAUGAUGAUCUGUUCCAUAGGAAAAAUGAGUCAAAGGUGGAGAGUUCCUGGGUAGGCAGUGAAAAGAACCAUAGAGCGAGUGACAGCCCUUAUACAGUUAAAGGAAUCCAUAACCUACAAAUGCACCAUGCAGUUUUUGGGCGAUACCUGUAUAACGACAAUCUGCUGGAUGCUAUGGAGGACCUAAUGGGCACACCCAACAUUGCUCUUCAUCAUACCAAAGCGCAUUAUAAGCCACCAGAAAAGGGAGCCGCUUAUCCUAUGCAUCAGGAUUACCACUAUUUCCCAUACGAAAAUGAUACUAUGACAGCUGCUGUUCUUUUUUUGGAUGAUGCUGACGUAGAGAAUGGAACACUAUUUGUAUGGCCGGGCUCACACAAGUUUGGACCUCUCGAAGACUUCGGACCGAAAGAAGGAAGCGAGUUUCAUUACGUCGAUCAGGAAAAAUACCCAAUCGAAAAAGCAAAGCCUGUUAUUGUUGAAGCCGGAGAUUUGAUUGUGUUUAGCUACCUAAUGCUGCAUGGCAGCACCCCUAAUUUAUCCAAGAGGCCACGUCGAAUGCUCUUAGCGCAGCUAUACGACCCCCACGAUAAACCUAUUGGGGGAGAGCGCUCACAACCUGGCAAAGGUUGGAUUUUACGAGGCGUUAAUCUUAAUAGGGAUGCCACAGUAGCAAGGCGAGCGGAUGAUAGUUAAAUAAGUUUUAAAACAUUUCCUUGAGAAUUCUUAUUUCUCUACAAACACGACAAAAAAGUCAUUCAAAUAUAUCUUCAAUAAAUCUUUGUAAACUAAGGGUAUAAAUUUAUUUUUAAUAAAAAAAUAUUCUACAUAGG